CAACCAUACCUUACAGCAGGCCUUGAAAUUUCCACUCGCCAGCUCGCAAUGGCGAGUGGAAAUUAUGGUGGAGGCGAGUGUGUCCCCAGUGCCGUCUUGCUGAGCAGGCUCGGAACUCAGGGCCGGAUCGCUCAUUCGCACUGGAAGCCGUCAGACUGCUCAAUAGUUGAGCAAAGUGAAAGCAAAGGAAGGAGUGUGUGCUGUGCUCUCUGCCUCCCCCUAGAGUGCAGUACCUGGCUCUGUGAGUAAAGGUAACAAAGUACUGCAACUUUUUAUAGGGGCUGUGUGUGUAUUUGUGUGUACAUGUACAUACAUACACAGAAAUGCGCAUACAUACACAUGUAUGUCUGUAUGUAUGUGUACAUGUGUCUCUGUGCAUGGGUGUGUCUGUGUAUGUACAUGUGUCUGAAUGUAAA